AUGGUCUCACUCAUUGCCCGCCUCUUUCGGUUCUACUUGGUAUGGAUCCGCCGCAGUAAGACACAGUUCUUGGCCGCGCGUAACAUGCGCGAGCAUAUCAAAACCCAAUACAUCUACCCACAAAGCUUUUCACCUCCCAAAAACCUCGGUCCCAACAUCAGCAUUGAGCGCGUUGAUGUAAACGACUGGCCUCUUUAUCGCAUUUCAUCGUCGCCAUUCUCCCCAAAAGUGGGAGAUGAGGCCAACCGCCCAGCGAUGCUGUACUGCCACGGGGGCGGCUGGGUCAAUGAAAUCGUGACUCAGCAUUAUAAUCUCGUGGCGCAGAUUGCCAGGGACACCGGGCUUGACGUGCUCGUCCCAAUCUACCCUCUUAUCCCUCGACCUGCGGCCACUGCUGUGCAAGUCAUCGCGGGGCUGCACGAGAUCAUGAACCGAGUCAAACAGCCUAUUGUCAGCAUCGGUGGUGACUCGGCGGGGGGUAAUCUGGCAAUGUUACUUGCGCAGCAUCUCGUACGCGUGGAUUCGGAUCUCAGAUCACGGGUCAGAUCACUCAUUCUGAUCUCGCCUGCGCUGGAUUGCACUUUGAGCCACCCUGAGACUAAAAUAUUGGGACUCAACGACCCGUGGCUCAGCCACGAGGGUUUGCACGUAGUCGCGGAUGUGUGGGCUGGAGGUUUGGCACGUUCGGACCCCAGGGUCAGCCCGCUCUUUGGCGAUAUUGUAGACUUGCCUCCAAUCUUACUCCUCUCGGGAACGCACGACUUGCUCUGCGCAGAUGCAAGACGUCUCAGUGCUCGGUUCCGCAAUGGCGGUACUUCUAAGGAUAUGGAUACCUGGGCAGUGGGCAGUGUUGAGCUGGAGAGGUUUAAGUAUGUUGAGGUAGAGGAGAUGGUUCACGUAUGGCCACUUACGCCAUCACCUGAGGGGGCAGAGGCACGAAAGAUAAUAAUGGAAUUUAUAAGAAAGUAUCUAUAA